AUGUUUCAAAUAAAAUUGAUUUAUUUCGGGUUAAUUUGGUUUAUUGUAAGUUCCAGCUCUGUAAUCGUCAAUGAUAUAUUUGCAUAUAUAUUCGGAAUUUUUUUUGGAAAAACUCAGCUAAUAAAACUUUCUCCAAAAAAAACGGUUGAAGGUUUUACGGGUGCAUCUUUGAUCACAUUGAUUUGGGCAGUUGUUGUUGGAGCUUUACUAGUCCACAUAAAUCAAUUAAUAUGUCCUGAGAAUAAUAUCAAAGUAAUUAUGAUUCGUGAAGUUUGGAUUCACUUUUUUGUUCUUGGAUUCUUCGCAGCAUUUUUUGCUCCUUUUGGAGGAUUUCUUGCAUCUGGCUUAAAGAGAUAUUUACGCAUAAAAGAUUUUGGAGAUUCAAUACCCGGCCAUGGAGGCAUAGCGGAUAGAUUUGACUGUCAACUAAUUAUGGGAAUGUUUUCUUAUUUAUAUGUUAAGACGUAA